AUGGGUGAAGUUACAAAAUCGGAUAUCGAAGCUCUCACGGCAGCGUUUACCGCUGCCAUCAACACCAUGAACAAUCGGAUGGAUCAGCAGAUUGGAGAAAUUCGCAACUUGGGUGUAGAAGAUUAUCUAGAUUGGCAGCUUCAAGUGGAUAGGUUCUUUGAGAUCAUGGAAGUUCCUGAACACAAGCAGGUUAAGCAUGUUGCAUGGAGAUUGAAGAGUACUGCUGCAGUUUGGUGGGAUAAAUUGCAGAACACCCGCAAGAAACAAAGGAAGCAGGGUGUUAAAACAUGGCGAAGAAUGAAGCAGCUGAUGAUGGAGAGGUUCUUACCGGACGAUUAUGAACAGAUUUUGUACAGAUUGUAUAUCGAAUGUGUCCAGGGAACUAGGACAGUGGCUGAAUACACCGCUGAGUUCUUGCGUUACUCGGAGCGUAAUGAAUUAGGAGAAACUGAAGGUCAGAAGGUGGCUCACUUUGUCAGUGGGCUGAAGCCUUCCAUUCAAGAGAAAAUCGGAUUGCAAACUGUUCAUACUAUGGCAGAAGCUUCAAACCUAGCAUUGAAGAAAACAGAAGGUGCUUUUAGGGCUUCCAAUCCUCCUUUUAAAGGUGUUGGUAGUUCUAGUGGUGCUCAAAAUAGAGCCCCGAAUCAGAGAUUUAAUAACCCUUAUGCUAGACCUACGGGAGAUGUCUGUUAUCGAUGCAACAAGCCUGGGCAUAGGUCUAAUGUGUGUCCAGAGAGGAGACAAACUGCUCUUAUAGGUGAAUAUGAUGAAAAUGAAGAAGAAGGAGGAAGAGGUGACGAUUAUGAUGGGGCUGAGUUCGCGGAGGAGGAGUCUCCUAAAAAGGUUAAUAUUGUGUUGCAGCGGGUCUUAUUAUGUCCCAAAGAAGAUGGACAACGACGCAAUAUUUUUAGAUCAUUUUGUUCCGUCAAUAACAAGGUGUGCAAUUUGAUUGUGGAUAAUGGGAGCUGCGAAAACUUUGUAGCCAAGAAACUGGUGGAAUACUUGCAGUUACCUACGCAGCCUCAUGAAGCACCUUAUUCCCUUGGUUGGGUCAAGAAAGGUCCACAAGUUCGAGUUAUUGAUUCUUGCAAAGUACCGGUCUCCAUUGGCAGAGAUAACGUGAUGAUGAUUAUGUGGGAUAGUCAUAAAAUUGCUAUGGCUCCCGUGAGUCAAUUUGAAAAAUCUGGUGGGAAGAAAGGGGAGAGUUUCCUGACCUUAUCUAGUAGUGAGUUUGAGAUGGAGGAGGCUUUUAGAGAAACUGAAGUUUUCUGCCCAGUAGUGAUAAAGGGAUUGUUGGCUACAGAAAAGGAAGAUGUGUUGAUCCCUAAAGAAGUGCAGAAGUUGUUGGGAGAUUUUGAAGAGUUUCCUAUUCCUCGUUUGGAAGACAUGCUUGACGAGCUAGAAGGUUCCAAAGUGUUUACCAAGAUAGACCUUCGAAGUGGAUAUCACCAAAUUCGAAUCAAGCCAGGAGAUGAAUGGAAGACAGCUUUUAAGAGCAAGGAUGGCUUGUACGAGUGGAUGGUCAUGCCAUUCGGGUUGUCUAAUGCACCCAGCACUUUUAUGAGGCUUAUGAACCAGAAAGGCAAAUUCCAAUGGGGAGAGGAACAAGAGAAGAGCUUUGCCUUAAUCAAGGAGAAGCUUUGUACUGCACCAGUUCUUGCUCUUCCUAAUUUUGACAAGGUAUUCGAGGUAGAAUGUGAUGCUAGUGGCGUGGGAGUGGUGUUCCGGGCAUUUAGGCAAUGGGAGCACUACUUGAUUCAGAGGGAGUUCGUACUGUUCACCGAUCACCAAGCCUUGAAGUACCUCAAUAGCCAGAAAACUGUGAAUAAAAUGCAUGCAAGGAGGGCGUCCUUACUGGUCACUUUAGCUCAGGAGAUUGUGGGGUUUGACCUCUUGAAGGAGUUGUAUGAAGAAGAUGUUGAUUUCAAGGAGAUUUGGGCCAAGUGCAGCAAUAACAAUGCAGUCGCAGAUUUUUAUGAGAAUGAAGGAUAUUUAUUCAAGGGCAACAGACUUUGUAUCCCUAGUUCUUCAUUGAGGGAAAAACUGAUCCGAGAUCUGCAUGGAGGAGGAUUGAGCGGGCACUUGGGCAGAGACAAGACUAUUGCUAGUCUUGAGGAGCGGUAUUUCUGGCCACAGUUGAAGAAGGAUGCUGGAACUAUUGUGAGAAAGUGCUACACCUGCCAAGUAUCUAAGGGUCAGUCCCAAAAUACAGGUCUUUAUCUACCUUUACCUGUUCCUGAUGACAUUUGGCAGGACCUUGCUAUGGAUUUUGUGUUGGGCUUACCCCGUACCCAAAGGGGAGUGGAUUCAGUGUUUGUGGUAGUUGACAGGUUCUCUAAGAUGGUGCAUUUCAUCGCAUGUAAAAAGACUGCUGAUGCUUCUAAUAUAGCUAAACUGUUCUUCAGGGAAGUGGUUCGUUUGCAUGGAGUACCCAAGUCCAUUACAUCUGACAGAGACACCAAGUUCCUUAGCCAUUUCUGGAUUACUUUGUGGAGGAUGUUUGGAACAUCUUUGAACCGUAGUAGCACAGCCCAUCCUCAAACGGAUGGCCAGACAGAGGUUACUAACAGAACUUUGGGUAACAUGGUCCGGAGCGUUUGUGGAGAUCGACCCAAACAGUGGGAUUAUGCUUUGCCCCAGGUGGAGUUUGCUUAUAACAGUGCUGUGCAUAGCGCCACAGGGAAGUCACCAUUCUCCUUAGUUUAUACUACUGUUCCUCAACAUGUGGUUGAUCUGGUGAAGCUUCCUAAGGUUCCUGGAGUUAGUGUUGCUGCUGAUAAUAUGGCUAGAGAUGUACAAGCUGUUCGAGAUGAAGUUAAGGCUAAGCUGGAAGCAACUAAUGCUAAGAAUAAAACUGCAGCUGAUAAACAUCGGCGAGUUAAAGUAUUCCAGGAAGGUGAUGACGUGAUGGUGUUCCUGAGGAAGGAGAGAUUCCCUGUUGGUACCUAUAACAAAUUCAAUGGGCAUUUCUAA